AUGACUGAAGUUUCUUCACCGUUAUUCUGAGGGAUUUUGCACUGGUACAACGGGUAUUGCUUUAGCAAGUGCUUACCCCUGCUUCGUCGCAACAGUUUUCACUGUUUUCAACAAGUUUACAGUGAGACUUCUGGAGAAAUAAAACUUUUAAAUUAGUCAUUAUGUUUUGUCCGAAGUGAAGUUUAUUCUACGCUCACAAUGGGAACACCUCAGACGUGACUCGUGAAGCGCACUGCAGAAUGAUGCCUUUUGUGGAACUUGGGGAGUACUGAAACCUUCACUGACAAUUUCGGGACUUCUCUCUGUUCAUAUCCAUCCAUCGCAACCUACCCUACGGAUUUCAACUGGAACUGUACCAUUGCUGGAAUAAAAGAAGAGAAGGAAUACAGCUCUGAAUGGUCAUCAGAAAGUGGGAUACAAAUCCUGUCACCAGCCGUGCAGCCCGUGCCAUCAGGAAUACAAUGUUUUAACACUUGGAAAACUAACAAAACUUUGAUGCAUUAUAUGCAAGGACUCUGUCCAAGAACGGUGGACUGGGAUUUUGACCAUGGCGCUUUCAGGUAGGGGAGUGAACCGAUUUCAUGUGGUUUUGUUAAUGCUAUGGACUUUAUCGCAAUACUCCUCAUCCAGUCAAGUUCGUCAGGAGUUUCAGGUACUUGAAGAGCAGCCUAUUGGUACCUAUGUGGGGACGAUAGAAACAAAACCAAGUUUUACCUACCGAUUCAGUGAAAACCACAAACUUUUUGCAAUUAAUGGCACGACUGGUGUGAUAUACACGUCUUCGGUGAUUGACAGGGAAGUUUUACAGAGCGGUAUCAUCAACAUUGUAGUGCUCUCCAGUCAGCCAACGUACCCGACUGAAGUUCGAAUAGUUGUGCUUGACAUUAACGACAACUCGCCAGUGUUUCCAGACCCGUCAAUUGUUGUGUCGUUCAAAGAGGAUGCAAGUAGUGGCAGACAAGUUAUCCUAGACACAGCAACGGACGCGGACAUCGGGAGCAACGGAGUGGAUCACACGACCUACAGAAUAGUGAACGGGAACGAGCAGAGGAGGUUCCGUUUGGAUAUUACCGUCAACCCGAGUGGAGAGGGCGCUUUUCUUCAUCUGGUUUCCACUGGCGGCUUGGAUAGAGAGCUCACCCCUUUUUACCAACUCCUCAUUGAGGUGGAGGACAAGGGAGACCCCAAAAGAUUUGGCUAUUUGCAAGUAAAUGUAACCAUUCAAGAUAUCAAUGACAACCCCCCACUUUUUGAAAAAGACCAAUAUGAGACUAGCAUUUUUGAAGAUGCUGCCAUAGGCUCCAAUGUUUUACAAAUAACAGCCACAGACCAAGAUGAGGGGGCCAAUGCAGACAUCAGAUAUUUUCUAGAUGAGGGAACACCUUUUCAGAUUGACCCUAAAGACGGUACUAUUAUCAUUAAAGAAGCACUAGAUUAUGAAAGCAAGAAAGAGUACUCCCUAACUGUGCAUGCCAUGGACAAUGGACUGCCCUCUCUGUCAGGCAGGGCAGAGGCCACCAUCAAGCUGCUUGAUGUGAAUGACAAUGACCCAGUAGUGAAGUUUAGAUACUUCCCCACCACAUCCAAAUUUGCCUCCGUGGAUGAAAAUGCACAGAUUGGCACAGUGGUGGCUUUGUUAACCGUGUCAGAUUCAGACUCCCCCACGGCCAACGGCAACAUAUCCGUCUCGAUCCUGGGGGGAAAUGAACAGAGGCACUUUGAGGUGCACACGUCUCCUGUUCCUAAUUUGAGCUUAAUUAAGGUGGCGAGUGUGCUGGACAGGGAGCGUAUCUCCUCCUAUAACCUGACCGUCUCCGUGUCGGACAAUGGCAAGCCGGUGGCCCGCUCUUCCGUGGCCAGCCUGGUUAUUUUCGUGAAUGAUAUCAAUGACCACCCGCCCAUUUUCCAGGAAGCCCAGUAUAGGGUGGAUAUCAGCGAAGACAUUCCAAAAGGCAGCUACAUUAAAGGGGUCUCGGCAACAGAUGGCGACUCCGGGCAGAAUGCCAACCUGCGCUACUCGCUGGUGUCUGGAAACGCUUUGGGCUGGUUUGCCAUCAGCGAAAACAGCGGCCUGGUCACCAGUGCCGCUUUGCUGGAUAGGGAAGUGGCCUCCACAAUCGCGCUCAACAUCAGCGCCAAGGACCAGGGGCUGCAGCCCAAAAUCUCCUACACCACCCUGGUGGUGAACAUCACCGACGUCAACGACCAGAUACCCACAUUCACCCAGAGCACGUACCGCGUGUCCCUGCUAGAGCACUCCCCCGCCGGUAGCGAGCUGCUGGUCCUCUCCGCCACAGAUGGCGACCUGGGGGCCAAUGGCACCGUGCGAUUCACCUUUGACCCCGAAACCUCAUCCAGCCUGCUGGACAAGUUCCGCUUGGACGCCGUGUCUGGCAGGCUGAGCACGGCCGUGGAGCUGGACAGGGAGGAGCAGGACUCCUACUUGCUGCACGUGAAGGCCACAGACGCCGGCAGCCCUCCGCUGCACUCAGUGGGGAAAGUAAACAUCACUCUGAGGGACAUUAACGACAACCGGCCUGUUUUCUAUCCGGUGCAGUAUUUCGCCAACGUCAAGGAGAACGAGCCGGCUGGCACAUAUGUCACCAGUGUGUCUGCCACUGAUCCCGACCUGGGCCCGCAUGGCACGGUCAAGUAUCAGAUUACGGCCGGCGAUACAUUUAAGUUUCACAUCAAUAGUGAAACCGGCAAAAUAACCACUUUAGUCUCGCUAGACAGAGAGGAGAAGACUGCAUAUCAGUUACAGGUGACAGCCACAGAUGGCGGGGGCUUGCGCGCAGACACACAGGCCAUUGUCACCAUCAAUGUCAUAGACACACAAGACAACCCGCCCGAGUUCACCCAGCGCGUUUACAGCUUUGUCAUGUUUGAAAAUGUGGCCAUUAAAUCUGUAAUAGGCACGGUGUCUGCCUCCACUGUGGACCUGAACACUAACAUCAGCUACUUAAUCGCCUCGGGAGAUCACCGGGGCCUAUUCUCUGUAAACAGUGUCACCGGAGAAAUCCUGGCUGCAGGCCUCAUUGACAGGGAAGAACAGGCCUUUUACCAGCUCAAAGUCAUAGCCAGGGGAGGGGACGUGACAGGAGACACGCUUGUUAACAUCACCGUCAAGGACUUGAAUGACAACGCGCCGCACUUCAUCCACGCGGUGGAGCACGUCAGCGCCGUGGAGAACUGGAGCACCGGUCACCAGAUCUUCCAGGCCAGAGCCUCUGACCCGGACGAGGGCAGCAACGGCCUGGUGGCCUACAGCCUGAAACAGAACCCCAAGGGCCUGUUCCACAUCCACGAGAAGCACGGCCUCAUCACGCUCACGGGCCCCCUGGAGGUCACCACCAGCUCCUACCAGGUGGAGGUGCAGGCCGCCGACAUGGGCGUGCCCCAGCUCACCUCCAGCCUCCUCCUCACAAUCAGCGUGUACGACGUCAACGACAACGCCCCCAUGUUCGACCAGCUCUCCUAUGAGGUCAUCAUACUGGAGUCGGAGCCCGUGAACAGCCGCUUUUUCAAGGUGGAGGCCACGGACAAGGACUCGGGGCUGAACGGUGAAAUCAUGUAUGAUAUAAUUGGGGGCAACACGGGUGAUGUGUUUGGGGUGUUUCCAGACGGACAGUUAUACAUCAAGGCCGAACUGGACAGGGAGGUCCAGGACCGGUACAGCCUGCUGGUCGUGGCCACAGACCGGGCCGUGGAGCCUCUCACCGCCAGCGUGAACGUCAGCAUCAUCCUGGACGACGUGAACGACAACCGGCCGCUCUUCAACAGCACCAAUUACGUGUUCCACUUUGAGGAGGAGCAGAAGAGAGGCUCCUUGGUGGGCCGCGUCUUCGCCGAGGACAAAGACUUUGGCCCCAACAGCGAGGUGCGCUACGCGUUCGAGAUGGCGCAGCCAAACUUUGAGCUGAACGCCAUCACGGGGGAGCUGACCAGCACGCUGCGGCUGGACCGCGAGUCGCUCAUGAGACAGCGGGGCGCCGCCGUCUUCAGCUUCACGGUGGUCUCCUCCGACCAGGGCCUGCCCAAGCCCCUCAAAGACCAGGCCAAGGUCCAGGUCUACAUCCAGGACAUAAACGAUAACCCACCUAAGUUCACCAAGGACAUAUACCAGGCCUCCAUCUCCGAGCUGGCCCCCAACCUCACCCAGCUGCUCCGGGUGUCUGCCUCUGACGUGGAUGAGAACAAUAACGGGCUCGUGCGCUACCACAUCAAUGAGGGCAACGAAGAGAACCAGUUCACCAUCGACGGCAGCUCGGGUCAGGUGACGCUGGUGGGCAAGCUGGACUAUGAGGCCACGUCCUCUUAUUCUCUCAAGAUUAUAGCGGUGGACUCUGGUGACAUGCCCCUGUCCUCCUCGUGCAUGCUGAGCAUCAGCGUGCUGGAUGAGAACGACAACACACCCUCUUUCCCCAAGGCCACCCUGAUGGUGGACGUGCUGGAGAACAUGAGGAUCGGCGAGCUGGUGGCCUCGGUCACUGCCACCGACUCUGACUCGGGCCAGAACGCUGACAUCACGUACAGCAUCACAGCCACAAACAACCACGGCACCUUCAGCAUCAGCCCCAACACAGGCAGCAUCUUCCUGGUGAAAAGGCUGGACUAUGAGACGCAGUCUGUUUUCAAGCUUAACAUCACUGCCAAAGACAAUGGCAUGCCGCCCAAGUCUUCCACCAUACCUGUGGUGAUCCAGGUGCGAGACUUUAAUGACAACCCCCCCAUCUUCGCCACAGGUGAUAUUUUCAAGUCCAUCCCCGAAAACAUUCCCCUGGCCACAUCUGUUAUGACCAUCAUUGCGCACGACACGGACGCUGAUAUAAACGGACAACUGGAGUAUUCUAUUGUGCAGCAGAGUCCAAGAGGAAACCACUUCCGAAUUGAUCCUGGCUCCGGGGUAAUAUACACAAACAACGAGAUUGACAGAGAGUUCUCCAAUCUUUUCGAAUUGACAGUGAAAGCAACCGACCAGGCGUUCCCAGUCGACUUCCGGCGCUACGCGCUAAAGAAUGUCACUAUUUGGGUGACGGACUUGAAUGACAAUGUGCCUCUGUUCCUGUCCCAGGAUGCACUGGUAGCUGAAUCCAACAUCGUCAUCGGCUCCAUCCUCACCACUGUCAUAGCCCUUGACCCCGAUGACGGGCCUAACGGUGAGGUGGAGUUCGAGUUGCUAAAGGGCGACUCAGACACCUUCAUCAUGGACCGCUACAGCGGCGACAUCCGCCUGGCCUCUCAGCUCGUACCCGCCAAGCUCAUGUACAGCCUCACCAUCUCCGCCACCGACCACGGCACAGAGCGCAAAACCUCCCGCACGGAGCUCACCAUCAUCCUGCCGGGCGGCGACGGGCCCGUCUUCUCCCAGCCCAAGUACAUCACCAUCCUGAAGGAGGGCCAGCCGCCGGGCACCAACGUCAUCUCGCUGGACGCCAACAGCCCGCGCGGCUCCACCACCAAGGUGGAGUACUACAUCGUGUCGGUGCGCAGCGGCGGCAAGUCGGUGGGCCGGCUCUUCGACAUCGGCCGGCACACGGGCAUCAUCAAGACGGCCCGCGAGCUGGACAGGGAGCAAGGGGCCGACCUGUACCUGGUGGAUGUGUAUGCCAUCGAGACAGAGGCCAAGCAGCCGCGCACGCAGAGGGCAGAGGUGGAAAUAACCCUGCAGGAUGUCAAUGACAACCCACCUGUUUUUCCGACCGAUACUCUUGAUGUGACCAUCGAGGAGAACAUUGGUGAUGGAUUCAAGAUAAUGCAGCUAACAGCCACGGAUGCUGACGAGGGUCCCAAUGCCCUGGUCACCUACACCAUCAUCAGUGGAGCAGACGAGAGCUUCCGCAUUGAUCCUGAGAACGGCGAUCUGAUUGCUACAAAGAAGCUGGACCGUGAGCGUCGCUCCAAAUACUCCCUUCUGGUGCGGGCGGACGACGGGAAACAGUCGUCAGACAUGAGGCUGAACAUCACCGUCAGCGACGUCAAUGACCACACGCCCCAGUUCUCCAGAGCCACCUACUCCUUUGACAUCCCUGAAGAUACUGCUCCAGGAUCUAUUGUGGCAGCCAUUUUGGCUAGCGAUUCGGACUCUGGGGCAAACGGUGAGAUCACCUACUGUCUAGAGGAAGAUGACGAGGACGACACCUUCCUCCUCAACCCAGUCACGGGAGUGUUCAAUGUCACCCGUCCUCUGGACUACGAAAGCCAGCAGUACUACAUCCUGACGGCCAAAGCGGUCGAUGGCGGUGGCCAGGCCAGCACGGUCCGUGUCUACUUCAAUGUUCUGGACGUCAACGACAACCCGCCGAUCUUCAACACCACGGCCUACAGCACAUCAGUGACCGAGAGCCUCGCGCCAGGGUCCAGUGUUCUAACAGUGGGAGCCAGUGAUGCUGAUGAUGGCCCCAACGCCCAGCUGUUCUACACCAUCGCAUCAGGUGACCCCCAGGCGCAGUUCACCAUCACCAAGACGGGUGUCCUGCAGACCAAGAAAGCCCUGGACCGCGAGUCCCAGUCCUUCUACAACCUGGUGAUCACGGUCAACGACCUGGCGGAGCCGCCCAUGGCGCGCUUCACCAGCACCGCCCAGGUGUCAAUCAUCCUGCUCGACGUCAACGACUGCCCGCCCAGCUUCACGUCCCAGAAGAUGACCUACAUCCAGGAGAACACACCCAUGGACACCGUGGUCUUCACCGCCCACGCCACCGACGCAGACAGCGGGCCCAACAGCUACGUGGAGUACUCCCUCCGCGGACCUUAUGGGAAUAAGUUUAGCAUCGGGAACAUCGACGGCGAUGUUAAGCUGGUUGGGGAGCUGGACCGUGAGGAGCUGGCCAACUACACCCUGACGGUGGUGGCCACGGAUAAAGGAGAGCCGCCGCUCUCCUCCACCAUGGACGUAACCAUGAUCGUGCUGGACGUCAACGACAACACGCCGAGCUUCUCGCAGAACAUCUACGACAUUGAGAUCGAGGAGAACACGCUGACUGGCACGGACGUGCUGCAGGUGUUUGCCAGCGACGCCGACGAGGGCACCAACGGGCAGAUUCGCUUCUCCAUCGUGGGCGGCAACACCAACACGGACUUCCGCAUCGACUCCGUCACGGGGAUCAUCUCGGUGGCCAAGCAGCUGGACAGGGAGGUGAGGUCGUCUUACUCACUGGUGGUCCAGGCGGCGGACCGCGGGAGCAGCCCCAGGGUGGAUCGCACCACCGUCAACAUCGUCCUGCUGGACGUGAACGACUGCCCGCCGACGUUCGAGCUUUCACCGUACACCGUCAACGUGCAGGAGAACCUGGUGAAGCUCCCCAAGAACAUCCUGCAGGUUGUGGCAAGAGAUGACGACCAAGGUUCAAACGGCCAACUGAGCUAUACGCUGAGCAGUGGCAACGACGAAGGAGCCUUCAGCUUGUCUUCCAGCGGCCAGCUCAGCCUCAUUCACACGCUGGAUCGAGAGGCGUGUGAGAAGUACACCUUGAUAGUCACCGCCAUGGACUCAGGAUCGCCUGCUCUGAGUGGAACGGGAACCAUCACGGUGCUGGUGGAUGAUGUCAAUGACAACGUGCCGGCGUUCACGUCUGCAACUUUCCACACCAGCAUCCCGGAGGACGCGCCGACUGGCACUGAUGUACUGCUGGUCAACAGCUCGGACGCUGACGUGGGCCUGAACGGUGUCAUCAGCUACAGUCUAACGGGCGGUAGUGGCCAGUUCUCCAUCAACCCCGCGACCGGACAGAUCAUCACCAGCUCCCUGCUGGACCGGGAGGCCAGGGGCAGCUACCAGCUGCUGGUGGUGGCAUCGGAUGGAGGCCAGCCCAAGGCCCUGUCCAGCUCAGCCACCGUGUCGGUGGUGGUGGCCGACAUCAAUGACAACCCCCCGCGCUUCCAUCACCACCCUUAUGUCACGCACAUCCCGGCUUCCACCUCAGCAGGCUCAUUGGUGUUUGCUGUCACGGUAACAGAUGAAGACGCAGGCUCCAACGCCCAGCUCCACUACUCCCUCUCCGGCCGCAACUCGGAGAAGUUCAAGAUCGACCCGCUGAGAGGGUCCAUCACCGCCAACGAGAGGCUGACGGGAAGCUCCGAGGUCACCUUCACCGUCCGGGUGAAAGAUGGCGGCACCAACCCCAAGACCGACAGCACCACGGUGACCGUGAGGUUCGUCAGCGGUGGGGACUUCCCCAUCAUACGGCUGAAGGAGAAGAGCUUCACCUACCCAGAGAGCCAGGCUGUCAACACUGUCAUCACCACCGUCUCGGGAGCAUCCACCAGGGGUGGGCAGUUGUCCUACUACAUCGCCAGUGGCAACCUCGACAACGCCUUCCAUGUCGAUCAGCUGUCGGGAGAGCUGUCAAUCAAAAAAUCACUGGACUUUGAGAACAUACAGACCUAUGUGCUAUGGAUCGAAGCCAGAGACCAGGGUUUCCCGCCGUACUCUGCCUACGAGCGAGUGGAGAUUAACGUGCUGGAUAUCAAUGACAAUCAUCCCGUCUUUGAGAGAGAGCCCUUCCAGGCAGACAUACUUGAGAACCUCUCUCCACAGCAUGUUCUCACUGUGUCUGCUGUGGAUUUGGACAGUGGGCCCAAUGGUCACCUGGAGUACGCCAUCAUUGAUGGAAACAAGGAUAACAGGUUCAGCAUUAAUCGUGCGACAGGUGCAAUCCGUACCACCAGGCCGCUGGACAGAGAGGAGAUGAACCAGUAUUCCCUGAGAGUCAAAGCCACCGAUAGGGGUAACCCACCAAAAAGCACAGCUGUCAAAGUCCUCAUCAAUGUCCUGGAUGUGAAUGACAACGCCCCUAGAUUCUCCAAGAUCUUCAGCGCCUCUGUGCCGGAGAACGCACCUGUAGGAUACACCGUCAUCCGGGUGACAACCACCGAUGAAGAUGCAGGUGCCAACGCCAUCAGCAAGUAUUCAAUUACUGACUCAAGUCUGCCGUUCACCAUCAAUCCCAGCACAGGGGACAUAACCAUCAGCCGACCACUGAACAGGGAGGACACUGACCACUACAUCGCUAAAGUGUCUGCCCACGACUCUGGCUGGACUGUGAGCACAGACGUGACAAUAUUCGUGACUGAUAUAAACGAUAACGCACCGCGCUUCAGUCGACCCUCCUACUACCUGGAUUACCCUGAGAUGACCGAGGUCGGCUCCGUGGUAACACAGGUGUCAGCCACAGACCCCGAUGAGGGCUUUAAUGGGAAGAUAUUCUACUUCAUCCGCUCCCAGUCCGAGUACUUCCGCAUUAACUCCAGCUCUGGCGAGAUCUCUAUCAAACAGCAGCUGAUGUACCAAAACUCCACCGGACACGGAAAUAUCAACAUCAAUCGCCACAGUUUCAUCGUCACAGCCUCUGACCGAGGCGUUCCCCCCAUGAUGAGUGAAACCACAGUCAUAGUAAAUGUGGUUGACAGCAAUGACAAUCCCCCUGUAUUUGAUUCCUCCCCUUACUUCACCCCUGUCACUAAGAGUGUCAAGGUUGGCACCAAACUCAUAAAAAUCACAGCCACCGACAAGAAGGACUUUGGUCUAAACUCGGAAGUCGAGUAUGGCAUAUCUGGUGGGAACAGCUCCAGCAAGUUUAAAUUAGAUAAGCAGACAGGAUGGAUAAGUGUGGCCUCCUCCUUGGCCUUGGAUACAAAUAAAAUAUACGUCAUUGAGGUAGUUGCCAGGGACAAAGGGAACCCGCCUCUCUCAGCACACGCUACGAUCCGAGUGGCUGUAACGGAUGAGAACCACCACACCCCAGAGUUCUCCCAGAGCCAAGUCUCCGCCACGGUUCCUGAAAGCUUGAACGUCGGCACGGCCAUCCGGACGCUGUCGGCCCGAGACAAGGACAAGGACAAGCAAAUGAAUGGCCUCAUCUCAUACAGCAUCGCCUCUGGCAACGAGGACGGCCUGUUUGCCAUCAAUAGCAAAACAGGGGUGUUGUCUUUAGCGCAGCCACUGGACUAUGAAACCAAGCAGAAGCAUGAGCUGAAGGUCACAGCAACCGAUGGUGGCUGGAUCUCCAAGACCAGCUAUGUCACGGUCACCGUCCAUGUGACUGAUGUUAAUGACAACCCACCUGCUUUUAAUCCUGAUGAGUAUUUCCCAGUCAUACAAGAGAAUGUCCCCAGUGGCACCACUGUGGUCAAAAUGAAUGCAUUGGAUAAAGACUCUGGGCCCAACGCCCUGAUAGCUUAUGUAAUCCAGUCAUCAGACAGUGACCUUUUCAUAAUUGACCCAAACACUGGCAUAAUCACCACCCAGGGCUUCCUAGACUAUGAGGCUAAGCAAGUGUAUCACCUUACAGUAAAGGCUUUCAAUGUGCCUGAUGAAGAGCGAUGCAACUUUGCCAACGUUAACAUUCAGCUGAAAGGCGCCAACGAGUACGUGCCUCGUUUUGUCUCCAAGCAGUACUAUUUUGAGGUCUCCGAGGCGGCGCCGAAAGGCACAGUGGUUGGCGAAGUGUUUGCUAGCGACCGCGAUCUUGGAGAGGAUGGCAUUGUAUAUUAUUUGAUUUUUGGAAAGAGCAGAAAGAAAGGGUUUGGCAUCAACAGAAAGACUGGGCAGAUCUACGUCACGGGGCCCUUAGACCGUGAAGAGGAAGAGAAAAUCUCGCUAAGAGUGCUGGCAAAGAAUGCAGGCAGCAUCAGAGGCGCAGACAUUGAUGAAGUCUUUGUCAAUAUCACCAUCUUAGAUGCAAAUGACCCCCCAGUGUUCACCCAGGUCUUAUACGAUGUUCAGGUUAGCGAGGGCCUGGCCCCAGGAGGCCUUGUCACUUUUGUCAGUGCUGAAGACUCAGACUCUGUGCCAAGCUGGAGCAGAUUCUCUUACUCCCUCACAUCAGAUCAUGACAAAAAUGCCUUCAGUAUCAACCCUCAAACAGGCCAAGUGUCUGUAGAUGCCGAGCUGGACCGUGAAACCACACCCGUGUAUAACCUCACCCUCCUGGCUGUGGACACGGGGUCCCCACCCGCCACAGGAAGCGCAACCUUGAUUGUGACCUUGGAGGACAUCAAUGACAACGGGCCAACGCUGGUGACUGUCAGUGGGGAGGUGAUGGAGAACCAGCGGGCUGGCACAAAGGUCAUCACCCUGGAUGCCACAGAUCCAGACCUGGCACCCAACCAGGGCCCAUUCACUUACAGCCUGCUCAGCAAGGGCUCUGCCAACAACUACUUCUCGCUCAGCUCCAAGGGUGAGCUCACCACCAGCCGUGAGAUUGACAGAGAGCAAAUCAGCGACUUUUAUCUCUCCGUGCUCAUAAAGGACUCUGGAAUUCCGCAGAUGUCCUCCACAGGUACUGUCCACGUCCAAGUCAGUGACCAGAAUGACAAUCCCUCAGAGCCUCGUUCUGUGGAGAUCUACGUCCAUUAUUUUGGGAACAUGUUUCCUGGAGGCUUUCUGGGCGUCGUCAAGCCCCAGGAUCCAGAUGUGCAGGACACCUUCCAGUGCUCCCUCGUUCCCCCAGCAGCCAGCUUGUUCAGCAUACCUACACGCACCUGUGACCUCAAUUCCAACGCACGCUCCACCGACGGUACUUUCGACCUGACUGUUCGCAGCAGCGACGGUGUCCACGGGUCAGUGAACAGCAAUGCACGAGUCUUCUUCAUGGGAUUCAGCAACGCCACCAUAGACAACAGCAUUCUCAUCAGACUCAGCCGCAAUGGAGUCCAAGACUUCCUCACAAACCACUACCUGAGCUUUGUCCGCAUCGCAAACUCCCAACUAGCAGGGAUGGGCACUGGCGUUCAGCUCUACGGUGCCUUUGAAUCAAACAACCAGACCUUCCUGAUCGUGGCUGUGAAGAGAAGCCACGGCCAGUACGUCAACCCCAGUGGCGUAGCCACCUUCUUCCAGAGCAUCAGAGAUGUGCUUCAAAGACAGAGUGGCAUACAAAUUGACUCUGUCGACCAUGACCCCUGCACCCACAACCCCUGCCAGAAUGGCGGCAGCUGCAAACGUCGCCUCAGUGUAGGGCCCGAGUCAAAGACAGAAGAGAGUGUCCCAGUCAUUUUGGUGUCCAACCAGCCCCUCCAGCCCUAUGCAUGCAACUGCAGACCUGGAUAUGCUGGGGCUCUGUGUGAAACAGACAUUGACGAGUGCUUGCCCUCACCCUGCCACAACGGGGGCACCUGCCACAACCUGGUGGGUGGUUUCUCCUGUUCGUGUCCAGAGGGCUUCACCGGCAUGGCCUGCGAGAGAGAUGUGAAUGAGUGCCUCUCCAACCCCUGCAAGAACGGCGCACUCUGCCAAAACUACCCCGGUGGCUUCAACUGCCUCUGCAAGUCCGGAUUUUCAGGCAAAACCUGUGAUUCCAUCAUCAAUUACUGUGAGUGUAACCCUUGCUUUAAUGGCGGCUCCUGCCAGAACAGAGUGGAUGGCUAUUACUGCCAUUGUCCAUUUGGUGUGUUUGGAAAGCACUGUGAGCUGAACAGCUACGGCUUUGAGGAGCUAUCUUACAUGGAGUUCCCUAGCCUGGACCCCAACAACAACUACAUAUACAUCAAGUUCGCCACGUUGAAGAGCGAUGCCUUGCUCAUGUAUAACCAUGACAACCAGACCGGAGACAAGGCCGAGUUCCUGGCCCUGGAGAUCGUGGAGGGCCAGAUGCGCUUCUCCUUUAACCUUGGCAGCGGAACCUACAAACUGAUGACGACCAUCAAGGUUUCCGACGGACAGUUCCACACCGUGAUUGCCAGGCGGACUGGAAUGGCCGCAUCUCUGACGGUGGACAUGUGUGGUGAGGACCAGGACCCAGGCUACUGUGCUGUCAGCAACGUGGCCGUACACACCGACUGGAUCCUGGACGUGCAGCCCAACAGGCUCUCGGUGGGGGGCGUCAGGUCCAUCGAGCCCGUCCUCCAUCGCCGCGGCCAGGUCGCCACCCACGACUUUGUGGGCUGCAUCAUGGAGUUCGCCGUCAACGGACGCCCACUGGAGCCCUCGCAGGCCCUGGCGUCCCACGGAAUCCUUGACAGAUGCCCCAGACUGGAGGGCGCCUGCAAUGCCAACCCCUGCAGGCACGGUGGCACCUGCGUGGACCACUGGUCGUGGCAGCAGUGCCAGUGCAUGGAGGGCUUCACGGGGAGCUUCUGUGAGAAGUACAUCUCCGCAGACACGGCCCUGUCUCUGGACGGCACCGGGCGUCUCGACUACUCCAUGAGCCAGACUCGGAAGCGGGACAUUCUGCUGCGGCAGGCCCUGCUGCAGGCCUCCGGGGCCGGGGUCUCGUCUGGCUCUGCGUCCGGGUCCGGGUCUGGGUCUUCUGGCUCUGGAAAGGAGGCGGCCGGAUCCAGGGAUAGCAGCCUGGAGGUGAAGUUCCGCACGCGCAACAAGAGCGGCACGCUCCUCCACGUGCAGGAGAGCAGCAACUACACCACGGUGAAGCUGAAGAACGGUAAUCUGCAGUACAUCUCAGACGCGGGUGUAGCGGGAAAGGUGGAGCGCACCCUGUCAGACGUGCCGCUAUCGGACGGACAGUGGCACACCCUGCUCCUCCGGAAGAACGCAACCUCCACCUCCCUCCGUCUGGACGGGGUGCACCUCCGCGCCUUCCCCCACACCACGCAGGACUUUGGCGGGGUCAACGUGCUGACCAUGUCCAUCGGAGGCGUUCCUCCUGGCCCGUCGCAGCCCAAAGCAAGCCCAGGCUUUGAAGGCUGUGUCUCCUACGUGAAAUACAACGGUGAGAACCUGCCCUUCAGCGGCGAGCACACCUCGGUGGCCAUUUCCAAGUCGGACCCGUCGGUGAAGAUCGGCUGCCGCGGGCCCAACCUGUGCGAGAGCGGCCCGUGCUGGGACGGCCUGAUGUGCGUCAACCAGUGGUACACCUACCAGUGCGUGCCGCCCGGCGACUGCGCCUCCAACCCGUGCCAGAACCGCGGCACCUGCGAGCCCAACACCAACGGCGCGGGCGGCUUCAGCUGCGUGUGCGAAGAGCACUUCACGGGCCGGACGUGCGAGACGCUGGUGGCGUGCCUGGGGGUGCAGUGCCCGCAGGGCACCGUCUGCAAGAUGGCGUCCAACGGAGGUUACACCUGCAGCCCUGGCGCCGCGGCCACCGCAAACCCGCUGCCCAUCUGGGCCGUGCCGGCCAUCGUUGGCAGCUGCGCCACGGUGUUGGCCUUGGUGGUGCUGAGCCUGAUCCUGUGCAACCACUGCAGAGGACGCAACAAGAGCAAAGUGCCAAAGGAGGAGAAGAAGCCCAAGGAGAAGAAGAAAAAGAAGAAGAAGGGCAGCGAGAACGUGGCGUUCGACGACCCCGACAACAUCCCCCCGUACGGCGACGACAUGACGGUGAGGAAGCAGCCCGAGGGCAACCCCAAGCCGGACAUCAUCGAGAGGGAGAACCCCUACCUGAUCUACGACGAGACGGACAUCCCACACAGCAACGAGACCAUCCCCAGCGCCCCCUGCGCCCCCUGCCCGGGACCCGAGGCCGAGAUCGAGCACUACGACAUAGACAACGCCAGCAGCAUCGCCCCCUCCGACGCGGACAUCAUCCAGCACUACAAGCAGUUCCGCAGCCACACGCCCAAGUUCUCCAUCCAGAGGCACAGUCCACUGGGCUUUGCUCGGCAGUCGCCCCUACCCCUCGGAGCCACCAGCUACACCUACCAGCCCACGUACACCCAGGGCCUGAGAUCCACACCUCUGAGCCACUCCGCCUGCCCCACCCCCAACCCGCUGUCCAGACACAGCCCCGCACCCUUCGUGUCCAAGCCACCGUCCAGCUUCUACCGCAACAGCCCGGCCCGGGAGCUGAACCUGGCGCGGCGCGAGGGCAGCCCGCUGGACCUGCACAACGACGGCUGCCAGCCGGCCAUGUUCAACUACGCCACGCGGCUGGGCCGGCGCAGCAAGAGCCCGCAGACCAUGGCGGCGGGCCACAGCAGCUCGCGGCCCGGCAGCCGUCUGAAGCAGCCCAUCGAGCAGAUCCCCCUGGAGACGGGCCCGCCGGUGGGCCUGUCCAUCGAGGAGGUGGAGCGGCUCAACACGCCGCGGCCGCGCAACCCCAGCAUCUGCAGCGCCGACCACGGCCGCUCCUCCUCCGAGGACGAGUGCCGGCGGCCGCUGUCGCGCGUGCGCAACCCGGCCGACGGCAUCCCGGCCCAGGAGUCGUCCUCCGAGAGCGACUCGCACGACUCCUUCACCUGCUCCGAGAUGGAGUACGACCGCGAGAAGCCCAUGCACGCCUACAGCUCGCGCGUGCCCAAGCUCUCGCAGGUCAACGAGUCGGACGCCGACGACGAGGAGUACGGCGGCAGGCUCAAGCAGCGGCGCUACUCCAGCCGCCGCGCAGAGGGCGGCCCCGGGGCCUCCCAGGGGCCCCUGAUGGAGCACCAGCACCACCACCACCACACGCUCCCCCACAAACUCGGGGGGCAGCCGGGCAACUUCAACUGGGACAACCUGCUGAACUGGGGGCCCGGCUUUGGCCACUAUGUGGACGUAUUUAAGGACCUGGCCUUGCUUCCGGAGAACUCGGCGGCCAAAGACAUUGAGAUGAACAGUGGGGACGGGUCGGUGACCAUCCUGAACGAAGGGGAGGCCGAGCAAUACGUAUGAGACUAUUUAUUGGCUCCCUCGCACAUGAACUCAUGAACUCCUGUUUUACUCACACACAUCAAGACUGAGGACACUUGUGAGUAGAGGAUGUUGAAUAAGCAAUAAGUACGUAUGUUGAUUAUCCGUGUUGCUUUUGUGUUGUUUUGUUUUCAAAUCGGACGACCUUAAAUGCAGUAAGGCAGAAAUCUCUAUAGACAGUCAGCUCUUGGUUUGCCAGUCGACCUCACACAACCAUUUUAUCUGUCAGGUGAUGUAAACGUUCCUGCGUUCGGACAUGACACAUUGUGCUAGAAAAUAAAGCCAAGUAAGAACAGCCGCCUGGACCUUUCAAAAAGGGUUCCAUAUGCAGAUAAUCAAAUUUAACUGUCACGUAUUACCAAUAUUGCAGUUUGGUUACGAAAAUGUUCCUGUCACGCUCUUAAUAUUUCAGAUAAGAUAAUGAUAGAAGUUAGAAGCAAGAUUUUUCAGCAGCCGAAUUCCAAGGCUAUUGCAUUGCCGGGACCAAGCCCAUGUCCUCCUGUGUUAUUCUUCUUAAGCAGAAGCAUGUGUCUGAUCCACACAUACACCUGCACAUCAAAUACAACCACUCACUCAGAGCAAAGAACGAGCACAGCACUUACAUAGCUAGCACGCUAAUCAAGCGCUGCCAAUGUUAUGCGAAACGCUCAGUAACUACCACUUCAUUGUUCCUUUUGUGUUUUUUAUUUCCUUGUUUUAAUCUGAAUGACAGACUAAGCAUUCUAAAGAGCUGAGAAUAAUUAAGCAUCUGCCUUAUAGACAUUUGAGGAGCUAUUCGAGAGCGCUGAAGUGCUCUCUUUUGUUAUUGUGCUGUUGAUGUUGCUACGGGGGACUGUGGGUCAAGUUGCGUCGGCGACGGAAUCCAGCAGGCUGAAGGUUUUCAUGAACUGGCCAGAAGGAGGAUUAAGCGCAUGGCUUGUGGAGGCCGUCCCAAACAUCAAAACCCUCCCCACGAAAAAAGAGGAAAAAAACUAUGAAGUCGUGUACAUUUUUGUUAUUUUUAUUUGAAGAAAAUUGUGGAAGACAUUGUUCUCAGUGUUGUGUCUUUUUUGUUUUUGUUUCGGUCCAGUAUUUUUUUGAAGGUGUACUGUUUCUACUUUUUUUUUACUGUUUAUUAACUUAAAGUACUUAAGCAGUGUUUUUAUGAAUAUUUUCAUAUGCUGGAAAUUAUGUUCUUACUUUCAGGGAAAGUAAGACUGAAGUACUUAUUUUUUACAUUUGUUACUUUUGUAACAUCAGUAUUUUCCAUUUUUGAUAAAACUAUAACAUACUGUAUGCUCUAUACAUGUAAAAGCCAAUAACAGAAUAAAAAAAUAUUUAUUUAAAAUAUGCAUUAUUCCAUGCUAAUACCACUAUGUAAAGUCUCUAGGCUGUGUCGAAGCCAAAUCUAACCUUAACUCUGGGACUCCCCAAGGGCUGUUCCUGAAAUAGACUCAGCUUAAAGCGUAACUCUCUUGAGCCUCGAUAGUACUGUUCUGUAAUGUGGGUGGUAAGGUAUUCCAUACGCAUGGAGCCCUGUGUGCAUUCCAAUGAGAGUUUAAAAGAAAGCUUUGGAUUGAAUGGAACAAAACAUUUUAAAAGGCCGUCAAGGGCCCAAGUGAAACAGAGCCACCUCGCUCGCAAGCCAAGCACAACACUGGGAGGACAGAGCGACGCAGGGCCCUAUAUUGCUUUCAGCAUUUAUUUACAUCUGGCAGCGCAGAGACAGGCCUUCUUUUGGUUUUCUUUUUUUUAUAAAUAUUAUUUUGGUUGUUUUUUUGGUCCGUGGCCUGGCGAUGGCGGAAUGUGACGUGCUUAUCUGCUCCGUCAUCGAGAGCAUUUGGGGUAGGGGUUGAUGUGGGGGCUUUCAGCUGAGGAGUGAGGGAGGCAGCGACAGAGAAAGGCGGAGAGAAAAAGAGAGAGAGAGAGAGAGUGAGAUAGAGAGAGCAAAUGGUGAAGAGUGACAGGCCGAAGCCGGGUGCCGAUUACCCCGAGGCCCCCCCCAGAACGCCGCCGCGCUCCAGCCGUGUCCGGUAUUGACCCAACCUCCCGGGGUAUCCUGCACCCAUGCUGGUGUUCAAACACCCUCCACGGCCGUGACAUCAACAAACACAGAAAAUAUACAGAGCAGCACCUCUACCAAACAUGGGAAGACAAUGAAUUCUAAUAAACUUCAGAGAAUUCCUUUAAUGUGCGAAUGACUCGCUGGGCGGUGGGACUCUUAACAGCGUGUGGUUAGAUGAGGUGGGUGGGCAGGAGGUGGAGCAAACAACAAUGGGGAAACACUACAGGAGAUAAUGGAGACGAAUACAGAUAAUUCCGUUUUUGUUUAAAACCGGGAACUGUCAGCAAGAGUUUACCCCCGAAGCCACAUCAGAAGAGGUGGUUUACAUCGCACAGUCAUUCAGCCACUGGCAUAUAAAAGUCAGUCCUCGACAGUAAACGGCCUCUAACUAGUCAUUAGCGUGGCAUAUGGGGGGGUUAGCGAUGGACUGGGUUGUGGUGCAGGGGAGUGGUAAUCGAUCAUAUCACUUGGUGACAUGAACUAGCAUUCACUGUGACCACUUUCAUCAGCUUCGUAUUACUGUAAAGGACGCCAUGAUUGCAUGUUUAUGCUAACUCAGUACAAUCCGAGCAGACUGUUUAAACGAGUCUUUAGAUCCUGUGGAUGUGAAGUAAGUCAGAGUCGAUUUCCCAUGAAGGUUUGUUUGUUUGUUUUUCGGGAUGUGUUGGGGGGGUGGGAAAUUGACAUAUCCAAAAGUGUCUACAGUGUAAUCUUCGGAGUAAUAAAUUGCUGUCUGCUCUGGUAUGUCUUCAACCGAGGCUGACAAUUUAUGGGAGUGUGCGGUUGGCUGACACUAAAUGCUGACCUUCUUUAAGUUGCGUAUUUAAAAGCGGGAGGAAGCGCAUUCAGGAUGUUGGACUGAUCCUAAAGACACACAAACUGUCAAAUUGAUAGCCAGGGUGUAAUUAGGUAGACGCCACAGAGGUCCAGAAAGUUAAAGUGGGCUUGUUGAACUUCAAAGUAUACAUUGGGAUGUGUUUAUAUGCCAUGAUGUUAAAUAUUAUCGCUCAUCGAUGUGAGCUAUGAUGAGAGUCUUGAUCUUGUGUAGCACUUCCACCAAGUCCCUCUUGAACCAUGUGAUACCACUUACAAAGUUCUUCCUCUGCACUCAUCAUGAUGCAUUCAAUGAAUUAAACAGAACACAGAAGUAGUCGGUUCAUGUCUAAAUAAACACAAAA